CUUCAAUCAAGCUACCAAUGGCUUCCACUUAUCCAACAGACGGUACCGGCGCCGCCCAAAAAAACGGCGUCCCGCCGGGUAAGCCAUUGUCCGUGGGAUCACAGAUGCUUGACAAAGGAGCUCAGAUGCUGCAAUCUUUGAAACCCAUCAAACAGAUGACUCAACAUGCAUGCACUUUUGCUUUGUAUGGCCAAGAUAUGUCUCGCCAAAUUCAAACUCAUCACUUUAUGACACGAAUCAACGAGGAUUUCCUCCAGUGUGCGGUUUACGAUUCUGAUGACUCCUCCGGCAGACUCAUCGGGGUGGAAUACAUAGUUUCGGAUCGUAUUUUCGAUACUUUGCCACCGGACGAGCAAAAACUGUGGCACUCUCAUGCUUAUGAGAUACAAUCAGGUCUGUUGGUGCACCCACGGGUUCCAGAAAUGGUGGCAAAGCCCGAGCUUGAAAACCUAGCCAGAACUUACGGCAAGUUUUGGUGCACCUGGCAAACUGAUAGAGGUGAUAAGCUGCCGAUCGGGCCACCAUCGCUAAUGAUGUCGCCCCAAUCUAUGGACCUCGGUGUAGUGAAGUCUGAGUUGGUGAAAAAAAGAGAUGAUAAAUACAACAUAUCGACUGAUGCUAUUCGGGGUUCGAGGAGCGGUAUCACAGGGCCGGAGAGGUUAAACACCAUGGCUGAUUACUGGAGAGACCACAAGAAAUGUCUUGCUAUUGAGGUUAAAAGUGCAGAGAUGAAGAAGAUGACUAUAUUUCCAUGAAUUUAAGCUGUUACAUGUUUGUGUGUGUAUAUAUGGAUUUAGUGUCUGGAAGGAGGGGGGUGUGUGUAUCUGUGUUUUAUACAAUGAAAAGGAAUUUCAGACUUCUAAUGAUAAAGUUGAGCAA